UGUAUAUUCAUUUUCCAAGAAAAAUCUACCGGAAAUGUCUGGAUGCUAAGUAUUUCCUGUGGCACAUGGCACAUCAGCAGCCCACAACAAACCUCACAGGAAGCGCUGCUUGUUAUAUAUAACCACACUGACUGGGUUUUUACACAGUAUGUGAGAAAAAGUUACAGAACUUGCAGUCGAUGCGCCAACAUGAUAUUAUUCUCUUGCUCCAUAUUGUUGUGCUUCGCUUUGGUCUUGUCAGAGAGUCACAUUAAAUUUCAAAGUUCUGGUGAAUCCAUCACGUUGAAGUGUUCCACUGAAGGAAGUCCAGCAAGCACUUCUGGAUAUCAGGGGCUCUAUCUGUAUCAUCAGUGUUUUAAGGAUAAAGAAGAGGAAGUGCUUUUUGUCGGUAAGCGCACACCUGGUACAGUAGUGGAGAGACCACGUUACAAUGGCAGGAUACAGUCAAAAGGAGCUCCCGAUAAUCUCAACAUCACCAUCAGCAACCUGACCAAGUACGAUGCAGGUGUUUACAGAUGUACCUACAAAACGUUAGCCCAGAACGGUAUAACAUCCAACGUCUAUUCAGUUUUCAUAAGAGAAUCAGCAGGGGCUGCUUCGACUGAGUGUGACCCAGCAGCAGACCUUCAACCCAAGUUGUCCGAUGAUACCUUUAAUGUGGAGUCCUCUUUCAGCACAACUUCGGAAAACUCACUACAGCUGUAUCUGGUUGUUGUCGCCUGCCUCAUCACCAUGCUGGUAACAAUGAUCAUCUCCGUACUGGUAACCCUGAAGGUAAAACAAUGGAGGAAAAGAAGUGCAAGAAGAACCCAGGCAGUCCCUAAUGAAUAUGUGUAUGAAGACAUGAGGAAUCAUCGCUCCCAUCUUGUAGCAGAUGCAGAGCAGUUGCCAGUAAAUUAAGCUUAGAACUGGGUUUGGUGGAUGCCGUAGUCUCGAGGGUUUACGUGACUGUAGAAAUUUUUAAGUGAUAUCAAUCAGGAAAGUGUGAGACAUGCAGUCGUUUGAAAAAAGAACGACUUCUUUUAUUUCUGAGUUAUACAUACUGGGACAUAAUAUAAAAAAAUCUGUAAAAUGCUCUUUUCUUAAUGCUCAUCUCUUUAUUCAAAUUUUUAAGUAAGAAGGAAAUCAAAAGUCAUUUAGUAAACUUAUCUGUUCUUGAAAUUAAAAACCAUAACAGCACAUGCCUUAUUACAUUAAUAAAUAAACAAACAAAAACAAACCCAAAGUCAAAUAUGAGUACACCCCUUAAUUAAUUUGCUUGUAGAACCAGUUUUAGCUUUAACAACUUUAAAUGAUUCUGUAUGAUACGUCUCAUGUUAUUUAUAUAUAUAGUUCAAUGAGGUUUACAAGCAUUUGGCAUCAACGCAUGACUCUUAACAACAGCAUUUCAGUCAGGUUGACGUCUGACCUUUAACUGAUGCACUGCAACUCUGAUUCUUUUCUUUCCCCAGUCAUUCUGUUGUAGAUUUAGCUGCUGCGAUCAUUGUUCUGUUACAUGAACCAAUUUGAACCAAUCUUCAGCUGUUAAACUGCUUCACUCUCAGCUCUAAAAUAUGGAGGAGUAAAAGUGCCACAAUGAAAUAAUUAAAUAUAUCAUUAAAUAAUUAAAAUGACGAUUAAAUAUGUUAAUGUGUUAUUUAAUCAUUAAUUCAUCAAAAUACAAAUGAAUAUAUGUAAAAACAUAUAUAAUUAUUUCACUAUUUAAUGAAUAAUUUCAUGGUCCUGUGUUGCAGUGCAUCAUGAAUUUAUUUUAUCUGUCAACCUCGUCCAUUAAAGUCAGUGAGCAGAUCCUGACGCCUGAUUGGUUACCCUUUCCACAAGUCCAGGCAAAUACACUCCAAAUAGUGGAUCAAGCAGAGCUAGUGAACACGUUACAACACACUGUGUGAUGCUAUUCCUCUACGCUGGUUUAGAUACUCUAUUAAACAAACCCACAGAACAAACUUUUAUUAACGACCGCAAAAUAUCAGGCAGCAUAUGAGGUGAAGACGCUGCUGAGAGAAGCGGUGGAUGUGAUUGUGGAAGCUCUAAACAGAACUCCUACUUGGUGCUCCAGAACUGCAGUCGGGUCAAACUCCAAACGCCCCGGUCCCUGUGUGUGUUCUGCUUGUUGUGUUCUGGUACCAGAGAAGCAGUGGAGUUCUUCUUUGAAACCUUCAGUCACUCUAUGGUCAAUAUUUUCAUCGAAAAGUUACGAAAUAAGUCCAACAACUUCCAUAAGGUAAGUAGGUCCUGCUUCCACAUCAUUAGCUGUGAUUCUCACCAUCUCCCUGAAUAGUUCACAAAAAUCAUCCUUCAUCUCUCUCCAGCCUCUCAGUUAAGGACCAAAGCAAUGGAUCAUUAUGGAUUAGCAUUGGCCCCGCCCACUGACUUUGAUGGACGAGGUUGACAGAUAAAAUAAAUUCAUGAUGCACGGCAACACAGGACCAUGAAAUAAUCAAAUUGUGAAAUAAUUAAUAUGUUUUUACAUUUCAUUUUUAUUUUAAUGAAUUAAUGAUACAUUUAAUAACACAUUAAUGUAUUUAAUUGUCAUUUUAUUUAAUUAGAUACACAUUUAAGUAAUUAUUUAAUGAUUUAAUUUAAUUCAUUUAUUUCUUUGUGGCACUUUUCCUCCAUACUAAACUCCUCCAUACUAAAACAGUUUAGUAUGGAGGAGUUAAUAGUUGAUUGAAUGGCUGCAUCGUGCCCAGGUCCUGUAGCUGCCAAACAAACCCAAGUUUAUCAAACAUAAACGUGGUGCUAUGCAUCAUGCCCAGACAUCUCUGCUUUGUGCCUUAAGGCAAAGAACAUUACUCCGCUUCGUUGUGUGGUGUUCAGAUGCUGCUACGCUAAACUGCUAUGUGUUAUAGUUCUAUAUAAAUGUAUAUAUAUGUGUGUGUGUGUGUGUGUGUGUGUGUGUGCUUUGUGGGUUGUAUGAGAAGGAAGUGAGAAAAUUCUGAGGUGAAAGGUUUCUUGUCAACAUGUUGACUUCUCAUGUAAGUGGGAGAAUAAUCGUGGGAAAAUAAAACAAACUCGAUUUCAAGAUGAGGAUUUUGAUGCAUAUAAUCCAAGUUAGAAAAGAAAUUAACAUGUUUUUUAACUGAUGCUAUUCUUUUAAUAUGUUCAGAAAUUGUUUUCAUUUCCGUUUUUGCUCCUCUGCAAACUGAACCUAUGUUUUUUAAAUUGUUUAUAGCCUGGAUAAAUGAAAAAUAGCAUGCUGGUAUUUGCACAGUUAAGCUAUGAAAAUAAAAAAAAUUCCUUGUGAGUCUGUAUUUGA